CCCGAAAGCCCGAUGAAACGUAAUCUCCUUAUGGAAGAUGUAAUUACAUAUUGCAUCGAAAGUGCCACUGUGGGACUUGCCUCACUCGUUCUACAUGCCGUCUUCGUGGCGUGCCUUAACGUGGCAGCUUAUAAUCAGGGACGCAGAAUGAGAAGUUUACUGUUUGAGGCCGUUCUGUUUCAAGAGAUAGCUUGGCACGACACUCGGCAUCCGCAGGAUUUUGUCUCACAGUCAACAGAUAAUGUCCGAAAAAUCGAAGAGAGUAUAGGCGAAAAAUUAGGAUUAAUUAUAUACUACGCAUCAGCUUUUGCUGCCUGUACUAUUACUGCAUUGUACCAUGGAUGGAAACUAACCAUGGUUAUCUUAUCACCUCUUCCUCUGCUGGUUGCUACAACUUUUUCCUCUCAAAGCAACAAACAAAGUUUAGGCUGCAGGAACUUGAUGCCAGUUCGAGAGCUAUCGCAAAUGCUGAAGAAGUUUUUGAGGGCCUUCGAACAGUUGUGGCAUUUGGAGGGCAACAGAAAGAGCUGCAGCGCUUCCAGCAAGAAAUGCAACCCAUUGAAUUUGCUACCUUCAGGCGCAGCCUCUUAAGCGGCCUGGAAGCUGGAUUGUGGUGGCUCCUAACAUUCGUAUCUUACGCCUUGGCAUUUUGGUACGGAGUGGGCAUGGUCUUGUCCUCUUCGUCCUCCUCCUCCGACAACAUACCGAUUCAGGGAAAACAAAAAUAUUCAGUGGCAACUUUCAACAUAGUUUUUUUUAACGUUCUUUAUGGGGGGACUAAAAUUAGCCAAAUUCUUAGUCUGAUCGAAAUAUUUUCUACUGGAAAAGUGGCAGCUAAUUCGGUGUUCAAAACAAUCGACACCUUAAGAAUCACACAACUUCUUCAAAGGAGGAAGAACCACAAUUCAUUUGAAAAAAUUGAAGGAUUGAUGGAGUUUGAUGGAGUCCAAUUCAGCUACCCCUCAAGACCGAAUGUGCCUGUUUUGAAAGGCAUCUCUUUCAGCAUUCCACCUGGAAAAACAGUAGCUUUAGUUGGACCAUCUGGAUGUGGCAAAACAACAUUGAUACAACUCAUUCAAAGACUGUACGACCCGAUCUACGGUGUGAUUCGUCUGGACGGUAUAUCGCUAAAUCAAUACGAUCCGAUUUGGUUGCGACGUCAUAUAGGCAUCGUUGGUCAAGAGCCUGUUCUCUUUGCAGCCACCAUUAGAGAAAACAUUCUAUUAGGGGGUUGUUUUAAUGGAACUGAACACCGAGAACUAUUGCUGGUAGAGAUGCAACAUGCCGCAAGACAGGCUCUUGUUCAUGAUUUUAUCCAGUCGCUUCCCCUAGGAUACGAAACAGUAAUUGGUGACGGUGGCACUCAGCUAAGUGGCGGCCAGAAACAAUGUAUUGCCAUAGCUCGAGCUCUAAUGAGAGAUCCAAAAAUUCUCCUUUUAGAUGAGCCAACAUCAGCUUUGGAUAAAUUGAGUGAAGUUGCAGUACAGAAAGCUUUGGAUAGCGUUUGUAGAGGAAGAACUUGCUUUAUUAUUGCGCAUCGGAUGGCAACCAUUCGGAAAGCCGACUUAAUCCUCGUUCUACAUGGCGGACUCAUUGCCGAAUGCGGAUCUCACGAAGUCUUAAUGGCUAAAGGAGGAUUGUAUUCUAGCCUUGUUACUAAAUCAAAUUCAGUUGAUGGUCAAACGUGUUCACGAAUUGCUGAACCAUGUCCUGAAAUCAUACCAAUCCAAUCAAACCAUUCGGCUCUUUUCGCUUCGGAAAAUGGACUUCCAAAUUUGACGAACUUGAAUGGCGUAAAAGCUCAGUAUAGAAGGACUAUACCUCAGCGUAUGCUUCAUGGAGAAAUAAAUUCACGGAAGAAGCCUUAUACUUCGUUAACAAAAAUCGUAGGAUCUAAUCGGCAGUUGUUACCAUACGUUGCCUUUGGUGUUUUGGGAUCGAUCACCACGGGACUUUGCCAACCAAUCUUUUGCAUUGUUUUUGGAGAAACACUCAACCUUUUGAGCAUUGGAAUACGCGCACAAACAGAGAUUGAAGAAAUUACAGCCAACUUUCUAUGUGUCUUCUUGGUUCUAGCCGUUGUUGCGGGCACCGCUGGAUUUGUCCAAACAUUCACUUUCUCAUUGACUGGUAGUCGAUUGUUGUUACAACUCCGAAUGUUGAGCUAUCAGUCAAUAUUAAAUCAAGAAAUAAGUUGGUUUGAUCGACCAGAAAAUAACGUAGGUGCUCUCUGCACGCGUUUGAUGAGCGAUCCAUCUAACAUUCAAGCAGUGGUUGGUUUGCGAACAGGUGCAGUCAUCCAAGGUCUAUCAGCGUUGAUCUUCUCGCUAGCUUUAGCUUUCUACUACCAGUGGAAACUAGCGUUAGUUGGGUCCAUAUUCAUCCCUGUGUUGUUAAUAAUCUUUGUGAUAGAUUCGAAACUAGGAGUGACGCAAAACUCGGUAGAAGAAAACAAAAUUAUCGAAGAUUCGAACCGUAUAGCUACGGAAACCAUCUCCAACAUUCGUACAGUGGUGGGCCUUAACAAACAAGAACAUUUUCAUACAAGCUACACAGAAAUAUUAAAUAUGGGACAACAGACUCUUAGAAGAAGAGCAGCAGUUCGUGGCUUGGUAUGCUCGUUGGCCUCAAAUCUCGAUACGCUUGUUUCUAUCUUUUUUAUGUUUUAUGGGGGUUACCUGGUUCAAAACGAAGCCACACCCGUUAAAAAUGUGUUCGCUGUCUCUGAGUCUCUCGUUUAUGGCAUGGAAAACGUUGGAAAAGAUUUGUCGCUCAUGCCGAAUUUUAAAAAAGCGUGUGAUUCGGCCGGCCGUUUUUGCAGUUUAUUGGAUACUGACGUUGAUUCUAGCAACGCUUCUCCUACACACAAAUCAACUGGUGAUGUCCCUGCGGAUUUAUUGGAGCAAAUUAAAUUCGAGAAUAUACGAUUCAGUUAUCCUAUUCGGGCUGAUGUACCAGUUCUAGAUGAAUUCAGUGUCGUUAUUCAGCCGGGGCAAACGGUGGCACUAGUCGGACCCAACGGUUCGGGAAAAUCCACGUGUCUUCAACUACUUCAACGCUUUUAUGACCCCAGUCGAGGAAGUAUUCAUUUCAAUCGAUGUCCUUUGGCAGAUUUCUCAAAAAAAUCUUUACGGUUCCGGCUUGGCCUGGUCUGCCAGGAACCAGUUCUCUUCAACCGGACCAUUGGCGAGAACAUUGCGUACGGGGACAAUACUCGCCAGGCACUCGCUGAGGAACUUAUGGAAUCUGCUCGUCAAGCCAACAUACACCAUUGGAUUGAGUCGCUACCCAACGGUUAUGAGACAAUCGUGGGGCAUCGUGGAGCUCAGUUAAGCGGCGGUCAGAAACAGCGUGUGGCCAUAGCUAGAGCCCUUCUUAGACGACCUCAAAUCCUAAUUUUAGACGAAGCGACGUCUGCUCUGGAUCCAGAAUCUGAACUUUUGGUACAGCAAGCGCUCAAUCAAGCUCAGGUUGGCCGUACUUGCAUUGUUAUUUCCCACAGCUUGCAGUCAAUCAGUAGCGCGGAUCUCAUACUUGUAUUGAACCGGGGAAAAAUUCAAGAACAAGGUAAUCAUCAGCAAUUAAUGGAACUUGGAGGCUUAUAUCAUCAACUGUUCACAUCAGAAAAAAUUGGCUGACAAGUAUAGCGUAAAGAACGGAA